AUGAGCCUCCUUGUAAACCCGGAUCGACCGCGGGUACGGCGCGGGUUGUGGGGGCUCCUUUAUCCGUUCCCUUACUCCGGGCUUCGCAGGGCUUGGAUCCACCCCACCCCUCCUCGCUACUGUCGCCCCCCUCGCUACAAUCGGAGACAAGUAGUUGGAUCUGCUGUGCUGAAGAUAUGGGGGCGGCAGGGGAAGAGUGGGAGGGGGCAGAGUGAAGACACCACCAAGAUCAGAUCUGAUCAGUUGCGCUCAAGUAAGCCUGGCAGUGGGGUGGGGGGUGGACACCCUGAAAGGAAGGGCAGAGGUCCCUCUGGCAGCCUCUGA